CAAGGGAAUGUGUCAUCAAGAACCAGACAGAUGUCCAAAGGUGCCCAUGGAUUCCAGCACCCUGUCAGGCUCUUCAUGCCCAAGUCCAGGACUGAGGAAUAUGUGUCUCAUUUGGGGAAGAAGGUCUUGGACAGUUUCCCUGUCCAAGCCACUCUCCACUUCUACAACGAUGACUCCAGCUCUGAGGAUGAUGAAGAUAUGGAGGAAGAGCUGGAGGUUCAUUCACACAGUUUGGAUCACAGGUCCCAUCCACUCAUAGAGAAUUCAGAGAGGUAGCUAAGUCUUUACUGUUUUGGAAACAAGCAGGUGUGAUUAGACAAAGGAGAAGGACAGUGCAGCAGGUCACAGGAGACACGUUACUUCCAUGGUGAGUGUCCAGUAGGACCCAAGGUGUUCACCUGAAACAGCCGGGAAGGGCCAGGUCACUGGCUGCAUGUGGCCUCACUGAGGUGAUUUUGUUUACACCAGUUCAGCGUCAACACACCUUUAAACUGGAUAUGGCCAUUUCCCUUGACAACGUCCUAUGUUCUCAGG